CGGCACGACUCGACGGUGUCUGCGGUACCGCUCGACGCUCGAAACUACCUUCUUUUUUGUACCUGCUUACUCCCACUUGCACCGCUCUCGAGAACCUAGUGGGUACCAAGACGAAGAAGAAAACAGAAAUACAGCACACACAUCAAGAAGGACUUUAAAGAUAUGUGUAGUGGUUUCGACUGGUGUCGGUGAUGGUUCUUAGUGAAUGGUUCAGUGAUGUUAUAGUGUGAAACGUUCGUUGCGAGUGUCUCGAGGAUUAGGUGGUACUGAAAAGGAACCAUGAGGAUACUCAAUUUAUAUUGGCCCCGCCGUCGCAGUGGCAGCAGCAUCGUGGUGCUGGACGGCGGCUGUUGCGAGGAGGACCUCCAGGAGCCCGUCAAGAAGCACCUGCAGGCGGACGACGUGGAACUGGACGAUAUGGUGAUGAUGCUGUCCACGGGGCAAGGCGGGGGAGGAGGCAGCACGGACGGACCGCAUCGGGAAAUGGCAGUUGACGUGCCGGACACGUUCGUGGCGCGGAACAAGACGCCUCCGAGGUAUCCGCCCCCUAAGGCCGCGCUGCAGGUGGGAUAUGACCGAUUGUUAGGAGUGACAUUCGGAGAUGACACCCAAGAAAGAGCUAUCGACGUACCGGACAAUUUCGUAGAAAGAAAAAAGACGCCCCCGAAAUACCCCUCACCAAAAGUCGUAAAGAGCGGCGUGAACGGAGCGCCGCCCACAUUGCCCGCCACUCCAACGCCUUCCCUGCCGACGGCCAAUGACAGCUCAGUGGGCGUGGCCAAACCGGUACCGCCUCCGCGCGAUCACCUCAAGAUAGAAAAGGACGGACGGUUGGUGAACCGCGCGCCGGCGCCGCAACUGCCGGCGAGGUUGAACAGCGGGAGCGGGGCGGUGCCGCAGACGCCUGUGGCUGUCACGCCCCCUGUGGCCCAUCAGGAGCCCACCAAGGAGCAAUUGGAUAGCAUUAAGAAGUAUCAGAUCAUCCAAGUUCGUAGUAAACUCUUGUCCACGUUGCUCAAACACUUCGUAUAUAUAUCCUGACUGUGAAAAGAAAACUUAGUGAAUAAUGCUCUUUUAAU